AUGUUGGCCUUAACCACUACCUCAACAACCAUUAGAAAGCUGCGCCAAGUUUUCAGUCGCUUUGGUAUACCCGAAACACUUGUGACUGACAAUGGAUCACAGUUCACCUCGGAGGAAUUCGCGACGUUUUGCCACACCAAUGGUGUGACUCAUUUGCGAACACCACCCAUCCACCCUCAAUCUAAUGGUCAGGUGGAGUGCUUUGUUGACCCAUUCAAAAGUGCGAUUAUCAAAUCGAGAGGGGGCGGUCCCACAGACGAGUGCAUACAAACCUUCCUCAUGGCGUAUCGAAUCACGCCACAUCCCGCGUGUAAUGUAAGGUCACCGUCAGAGAUGCUAUUUGGCAGACAAAUUGGGUCUGUUUGGGAUACGAUUAUUCCGAAGCAAAAACAACUAGCCGACCGGAAAAUUACAGAAUUUUCACAACACCAACAGCGUGGGACU